AGAGAGCGAUAUAAAGAGAGAGAGAGCGUGCGAGAGCAUUAGAGUCAAACAAUUAGAAAUUAAUUUCAACAGAGCUUGAAAGCAAUUGCGACAAUCGUAUGUGAGUGAGAGAUUACACGGGUGUAUCAAGCAAAUAUAUAGCCUACCGGAAACACUUCACUUCACGAAAAGCCAGUCCAACUACAGCUAAGCUACCUGCGCUCAACCAGAGCGCCAAGGCCAACGACCACGUCAGUGCAACCGCCGUCAUGUGGAUAACACUCACUUAUUUGGUCGUCAUCGUAGCCCAGCUUUGUGCCUUGGUCCACGCCGCUGGUGAAGCUGAUUACACACUCGAUGAUUCGUUUUGGAACGAAGAAAGUCCAGUUGGUGAAGUGGAACGCUUGCUCAAAGAGUAUAGACAAAAUCAGGAGCUUGUGCGUCGUAUUGGUGGACAUUAUUAUCAAAUUAUCUAUCCGGUACAGCUGCGUCAUCACGAAAAGAUGGGAAUCUCCACACGUGAAGUUAGCCCUCCAAAGGUACGCAAAGAUUUGCAUAAGCGAAAUACUAGAAAAAUCGAAUCAAACACAAUGCCGGGCCAGCGACCACGCCCACACGACGACAGCGGCUUCAGCAGAGGCAGGACAAAGAAACAUUUUCAUCGCACCUCAUUGCUGAUCAAGGCAUUUAAUCACAAAUUCCGAUUGGAUUUGGAAUUGAACUCUCAACUACUUUCACCCAACAUACAGCAGAAGCACUAUCACGUUAGUGGAUAUCAGGUGGAUGGCAAUCGACAUGACAUCGAGCAUUGUUAUUACCAUGGCACAGUGAAGGAUUAUCCGGGCGCCAGUGCAGCCUUUCAUACGUGCAACGGCGUCAGCGGCGUAAUACACAUCGGCAACGAGACCUUUGUCAUUCAUCCGUUCUACGGCGGCGAUCUAUCGAAACAUCCGCAUGUGAUUUUUGAGGCGCGCACUAAAGCGAACAAAGGCUGUGCAAAUUCGGGAAAUUUGGACUCGUGGCGCUUAUCGCGCCGGACCAAGCACCUGUCCGCUGGCGUUGUUGAUGAGAUUCAUCCCAAUGGGGCCGGGCGCUAUAAGCGCGAUGUGCGCGAGGCGACCAAAUAUAUUGAGACGGCCAUCAUAGUGGAUAAGGCCAUGUUUGAGAAGCGCAACGGCAGCACGCGCGCCGAGGUCAUACACGAUGCUAUACAGGUGGCCAAUAUAGCUGAUUUGUAUUUCCGUACGCUAAACACUCGUGUGUCGGUGGUGUACAUCGAGACGUGGGGCAAGAACCAGGCGGUCAUUGAUGGCAGCAAGGACAUUAGCAAGGCCAUAUCCAACUUUAAUGACUAUACGGUUAGAAAUAUAUACCAAAUCGAGCGAGAUACCACCCAGCUGUUAUCAGGGGAAACAUUUGCCGGAGGCGAGGCUGGCAUGGCCGUGCCGGAGACUGUCUGCACGCCCCGUGCCGUCGGCAUUAGCGUCGAUGUGAAUGUGUAUGAGCCGCACCUUUUGGCGGGCACAAUGGCCCACAUGAUUGGACACAAUAUUGGCAUGGGCCACGACGAUGGACGUGAGGAAUGCUUCUGUCGGGACUGGCAUGGCUGCAUUAUGGCACAAUCGAUUGUCGGCCAAGAGAAUGUGCAGCCAUACAAAUUCUCUGAAUGCAGCAAAAAGGACUACAUUGACGCAUUGCGAACGGGUCACGGGCUUUGUUUGCUCAACAAGCCAAACGAGAUUGAGUUGCGCCGAAACUGUGGCAACAAAAUCAUCGAGGAGGACGAGGAGUGCGACUGCGGCACAUUUGAGGAAUGCGCAUUGGAUCCCUGCUGCGAUAGCAUCACAUGUAAGCUCAAGUCCGAGGCACAGUGCGCCAGCGGUGCCUGCUGUGACCAAUGCCGGCUGCGACCCAAGGACUACAUAUGCCGUGACUCCCACAACGAGUGCGAUCUGCCCGAAUACUGCGACGGCGAGAUGGGACAGUGUCCCGCGGAUAUCUACAAGAAGAAUGGCUCGCCCUGUGGACUGAGCAAAUCGGGCGUAUCGGGCUAUUGCUUCCAGGGCUACUGCCCCACACUGACACUGCAGUGCGAGGCCAUUUGGGGCUACGGCGGCUUUGCGGCUGAUCGGCAGUGCUACGAACAGUUCAACUCGAAGGGCUCCAUCAACGGGCACUGCGGACGCGAUGCCAACGAUCACUACAUCAAAUGCGAUCCUGAGAAUGUGCAGUGCGGCACGCUCCAGUGCAAGGAGGGCGAGAGGCAGCCCGUCAAUGAUGGCUUCGACCAGCUCUACUCGCGCACGAUUAUCUCCAUCAAGGCGCAGGAAUACGAAUGCAAGGCAACCAGCGGUCAAUUGGGCUCCAACAACUACCCGAAGCAUGGGCUGGUCAAGGAUGGCACGCCAUGCGGUGAAAAUUUGAUUUGUCUGAAUCAAACGUGCGUCAGCCUCUUUCCGCAUGUGGAUCAAACCAAGUGCCCAACAAACAAGCAGGGUCAAGAGUGCUCAGAUCGUGGUUUCUGCACAAAUGUGAAUCGCUGCUUCUGCGAUAUGGGCUGGGGCGGCCCGGACUGCAGCACGGUUGUGCUGCUGACAACACCAGUGCCAACGGAAGCGUUGCCAACGCCGGAGAAUACAAUCAAAAUGGAGAAGAAAGAGACUCCAUAUGAGAACUACCACGGCUCAAAUACAGUGUUCCUAGUCGGUGUUCUAAUGUCAGUUGUAGGGUUCGUUUUUAUAACAUUCACCUUGAUGGCAUUGUGCUACAGGUCAGUUGUAGUACAUAGAAACUUCUCCCUGUGUCUGAGACGCAAGACAACCACCCUUAAGUACGAUCCGCCCUUCUCGAAAAAACCCAUACCCAAGGGCUACGGCGGUGCGGCAACGGCGCCCAACCAUCAUUCCGUCGAGGAGGUAUCCUUGGAUGGCUCCAGCAAAUUGGUGUAUGCCAAUCAGGCCGGAUUCAGGGACAAGAACCUACAUGGACGUCGCUAUACAACGGGUGGUGAGGACGAUCAAUCACAUGCAGAGAAGGGCAUACUGAAGAAGCACGGCUAUGGACUUGUGCACGGCGAGCAGCUGAAAGACAAGUGGUGCGAUGACAGCCAGUCGGACAAUCUAGAGCUGAUCACACAGGACGGCACACAGGCCUCAACGAUUGGUGGUGCGGCUGCCUCAGAGGUGGAGCGUACUUUGAAGUCACUCAACGGCUAUCACGAGGAUAUUUUGGAGGCGCUGCGCAAUGCGGCUUCGCAUCGCGGCACCGGCACUGGCAAUACGCCCGUCGGCAGUGGCAGCCUGAGUGAGGAGAUGUUGCGCAAAACUCUACAGGACUGCAGCAACGCCCAGCUGGGCUACACGGCGGAGACGUACAAGCGGGCCAGCGGGUCUAAGUCGAGCUCGCGUGAGAAUAUAUGCGACAGCGCCGCAGCACAUGCCAUUUUGUUGGAUGGCAGUGGUUCCGGGCUCGGUGGCCUGACGCUGGGCCCCGACAUGAGCGGCGUACGAGGUGUGAGUGGUGGUGUGGGCGGUGUUGGCGGCGCUGCUGGCUUGGGGAGUGCAAUCGGUCAUGGCGGUGCGCUCAUGCACCACCAUCGAUCGCAGCAUCAGCUGCAUCAGCCAUCUGGAAUGUCUCUGCAGCAGCAGCCAACGGACGAGGACGACGCCCCAUCGACUGGGCCGCUGCGUAUACGCAAUCUGGAGGAUCUAAUCAGGCAGCUGGAGCAUCACUCGUCCCGCCACAUGAGUCCCAGUGGCUCCGAGGAUAUACGCAUGUCGGAAACCGAGGCCGAUCGUCACUAUAGAUUAGAUAGUUCCGCUGCUUGUAGUGAGUCCUCGCAAGGCUCGAAUCAGCAAGCAGCUCAAUCUCAGAAAACCGCUACAAUCCACCCGUCUUACAGCAGCCGUUGUCGGCCCCGCUCGGACGAGGACUCGCGCUUUGCCUACGGCGGACGCUACCGCACACAGGCGCCCACUGGCCGCCAUACAACGCAUCAGUCGCACUCUCCGCACGCAUUCGGACACCAUACACACCAUUCGCACGCCCAUGGACAUGCCACACACGGACCCCAUUCAUCGCACCACUCGUCGCACACGCACCUGCACCAGGAUGACGAGGGCAUCUAUGAGAGCGCCGAUCAUCAUGAGCGCGGCGCCCUCGACACGCGACUCGAUCCACAGGAGACGCCCGAAAGCGAAAGUGAUGACUUUAUUCAAGCUCAACAACAGUUAGCCCGGUGGGCGAGUGAGGAUGUGGUAUCCGUCGUGGUAUUGGACCAGCCGCAAUCCGGCACAAUGUCGGAUUCCCAACAAUCCAGCGGCGUCGCGCCCAUGUCGGGAGCUACAACGAACAACGUUAUGCACCAUCAGCAUCCGCACCAGCACCACGGCGAUCAUCAAUCCUCCGCAGCGGCAGCAGCGGCGGCGGCGGCGGCGGCAGCCAACAGCAACUCUAUAAUGGGUAUGGCAGUCGUCCCAAAUGGUAUAAAUGUAAGUCAGAGGGACUAUUACCCCUCGCCACCCUCAACGGAGACGGAAAGCAGUGGAAGUGUUAUCCAACCAGCUACACGCCGCACGUUGCAGUCGCAAUCGGGCGACACGGCGGCCAUCAGUCAACAGCAAUUGCAGCUCCAUCAACUGCAAUUGCAUCAGCAUCAGCAAUAUCAGCAUCAUCAUCAGCAGCCGCAGCAGCCGCAGCAGCAGCAGCUGCAGCUGCAGCCGCAUCAGCAUCAACAACAAUCAGUCGAUACCAGCAGCAGCAACAACAGUCAAUCCGGACAAAUAAUCGAGAAUGGCUGCUACCCGGAAUAUAAGCAUUGACAGUUCAAACACCUCUAGCUUCAGCCCAACCAUGGCAGACUCGUAAGGCAAUUCCGUUUUCUGGCCAAUAUCUAGAUGGCAGGCAACCGUUCAGAGCAGACUUUAUUAGGACUUCAGCAUACAUUAAAUAGAUUUAAA